AACGAUUUAGUUAGUUACUGGCCACUUUGCAGACUCGUCGGUCCACCUCAUCCAUCGUCUGUCCGCCCACCGUCCCGUACCGUCCUACGUACAUCACCCGCGUUUACUCCCGCGCGCCCUCGAAGAGCUGCGUCCCGACUACGGCCCUGAUAUCCUCCUAGUCCCGCAUCGCAUCAGCGCGCGCGUGCUGGCUUGCCAUUACCGUAGGGGGGCCUGACGACGUGCUGCCACGUGCAGGAGCCAAAACUCCGCAGCCAAGGCCUCGCACCUCAUCAACCACCCUCACUGACGGCACCAAACGCACCACGCCGCCCGCCCUCGCUCGAAAAAAAUAACACGACCGUUGGACGGCCUUCGACAUCACAGCACGCCGCGGCGUCGAUAGCCCUCCGACGACACCCCCUCAACCCAAAACGACUGCAUGCUAUCCCGCGGCUAAAAAGUUCCAUCGUCCGUCCUCGAUGCCGAGCGCCACAGCGUCCGGCGCCAGCACCGGCGGCGACUCGUCGUCGGCGCGAUCCCGCGACCACAAGCAGGGCAAUCAGAACCGCACCUUCACCGUCGAGCAAAAGGAGGCCGUGCUGCGCAUCCGGAGAUGCGGCGCCACCGCCUUCUAUGACAUCCUCGGCCUCGAGUCGGUCAAGACGACGUGCACCGACGCGGACAUCAAAAAAGCCUACCGCAAGCAGUCCCUGCUCACCCACCCAGACAAGAACGGCCACGAACACGCCGAUGAGGCCUUCAAGAUGGUCAGCCGCGCGUUCGGCAUCCUCGGCGACAAGGAGAAGCGCGACAAGUACGACCGCUUCGGCGGCGACCCGGACAGCCGCUUCCAGAGCGCCCAGGCCCAGAACCCCUUUUCCGGGUUCGCCAGGAGGGCGCCCUCGGGCGGUAUGGGCGGCAGAGGCGGCGGCGGCGGUGGCGGCAUGUGGGACGAGGAGGUCAGCCCGGAGGAGAUGUUUGCGCGCUUCUUUGGCGGUGGCGGAGGGCCGUUUGGGGGACCACAGUUUGUGUUCAACUUUGGGGGCGGGCCGGGCAUCCGAGUGCACCAGUUCGGCGGCGCCCGGCCGCGGCGGCGACCACGCGAGGCACAGGACGGCCAGCAACAGCAGCAGCAAAACGGCGGGCUGCAGAACCUCAUCGGGCUGCUGCCCAUACUCUUCUUCUUCAUCCUGCCGCUGCUUUCGUCGCUCUUCUCGGGCUCGUCGUCGGGGUCGGCGACGCCGCGCAUGGUGUACGACAACCCGCAGGCGCCGUAUACGCACGGGCGCGUGACGCCCGAGCUCAAGGUGCACUACUUUGUCAACCCUGGGGACGUGGCGUCGUAUAGCAAGUCGAAGCUCAGCCAGCUCGACCGCACGGCCGAGAACAACCUAGUUCGGCACCUGGGCAACGAGUGCGGCAACGAGCGCAUGUACCAGCGGCGGCUGCGCGAGGACGCCAUGGGCUGGUUCUACCAGGACCCGGACAAGAUGGCCAAGGCAAACGCGUACAAGAUGCCGUCGUGCGAGAGGCUCGAGAAGAUGGGCAUCCCGACGCGGUGACGCAGCGCUGCGGCUGCCCUUCUGUGGUUGAUGACGACGAUGACGAGGACGGGGAGGGGCUGGGUCAGAGGAGCGCCAGAGGGAUGCCUGUGUGCGUCUGCUUCUUGUUGAUGUUGUUGUUGGUAUCACUGUUGUCGUUGUAAGAGGGACGAUGGGCCUGGAGUCGGCGUUUUUCUUACUUUUUUUAAAGUGUCCCCCUACUAGCCGAGCCUUGGUCCCCGACGCAUGGCAAGAAGCACUGCAUAGCAAUGACAUGGCAUAAUUACCGACGUUGAGUGCGUUUCUGUAUUUGUCUCUUGGGUCAUUCAACGUUGAUGGCGAUGAGUGAUAUGGGUCAUAGGCGUAGUCGCAGUAAUGUGGCGCCCAGACGACAUGUCACGGCGUCGUUGCCGUAUAUGCCACAUGGUCCAUGGCUUCACAUGUAGGUCGAUCCUUCGUAUGCAUAAUUUCUCGUAGAUGGCUUGUAUAUCCGGU